AUGGGUAAAUCUUUGUGUGUCCAUUUUGCUAUCUUCUUAUUAUUGUCCGAAUUUGCACAUUUAUGCUUGUGUAAAACUUCGAGUGAAAAAUGCUUAGAACGAGAGAAGCAAGCUCUUCUAGAUUUCAAAGCUACCAUUGUUGAUCCAUCAAAUAGGCUUUCUUCUUGGAAUAAUUCCAAUAAUGAUUGUUGCAAUUGGAAUGGAGUGGCUUGUGACAAUCUUACUGGCCAUGUUAUCAAGCUUGAUCUAAAUCCAUGCCGCCGUUCUUGUGACUUCAGCCAACUCGUUCUUGAAGCUUCACACGUUGAUCCGUCUCUUCUGCAACUAGAACGCCUAAGUUACUUGGACUUGAGUCAAAACCAAUUUCAUGCCUCUCCAAUUCCCUUCUUCUUCGCUUCUAUGCAUAAUCUAAGAUAUCUCUCUCUUUCCAAUGCUAAUUUUAGUGGGAAGAUUCCUUAUAAUCUCAGUAAUCUCACCAGCCUAAUCCAUCUCGAUCUCAGCUCCAAUGAUUUCCAAGUCAAUGACAUGAAUUGGCUUUCUGGGCUUCGAUCGCUACAAGAACUUGACAUGAAUGGUAUUGACCUUGGAAAAGCACAUGAUCUAUUCCAGGUACUUUACAAGCUUCCUUCUUUAUCACAGUUAUCUUUAGUUUACUGUGGAAUUCACACAUUGAUCCCUCUUCGCCGCUCUCUUAAUUUCUCCUACAUUCCAAGGGUUCAAGUGUUGUACCUUACUGAUAAUGCAAUAGAUAGUCAAAGUCUAGAUGUUGUUCAAAACAUGACUUCUAUUGGAGUCCUUGACCUUUCUUUCAACACUAUCAGUUCAUUGCCAAUGUGGUUGAGUAAAUUUGAUGGCCUUGAGGAACUAAAUGUUGCUCAAAAUGCACUUUUUGGUCCGUUUCCUCUAGCUCUUCAAAACUCAUCUUCCUUAAGAGUGCUUGAUCUUUCUUCAAACAAUCUUACAGGUUCUGUUCCAUCAUGGUUAGGCGAGUUAAACAACCUUCACAGCCUAUCUCUGGCAUCAAAUAAUCUCACUUCUUUAGAAUCUUCUCUAUCAUUGAUUCUCAGGAACAUGUGUCGUCUGAGAGCUUUAGAUUUCUCAAUGAAUAAGUUCCAAGGAGAGUCAUUUGGAAGUUAUGGGUUAUCUGGUUGCAUUAAGUAUGAUCUAGAGCAACUUGAUUUGAGCUAUAACAAGUUUGAAGACAGUUUGCCUUUUUGGUUGGGGAAACUUGAAAAUCUAAGAGAGAUUCACAUAUCAAUAACCUCAUUCUAUGGUUCCAUUCCCUUAUCUGUGCGAAAAUUGUCACGCUUGACAAGACUUGAUCUUGUUAACAAUCGCUUAAAUGGAUCAAUUCCGAGUAGUCUUGGACAACUUGUGAAUCUAACUUACUUGCGUCUCUCUGGCAAUCAAUUGGAAGGGUCUAUUCCAAAUAGUCUCGCACAACUUGUGGAUUUGAAAGUACUUGAUCUUUCAAAUAAUCAUAUCAAAGGCAUCAUUCCACAAAGUCUUGGUCAGCUUGUAAAUUUGAACCACCUUGUUCUUGCCAAAAAUGAUUUACAUGGAAGCAUCCCAAAGACUUUUAGCCAACUUGUGAAGCUAAUUCAACUAGAUCUUUCUUCAAAUAACUUGAAGGGAGAAAUUUCUACAAUGAAAGAUUGGCCUUCAUUUGAACAACUCAAAAUCUUGAAUCUCUAUGGUAACCAAAUCACCGGAUCAUUGCCUGAAAACAUUGCUGAUAGAAUGCCUAGCUUGGAGUGUUUGCUUCUUGGAAAUAACCUCAUAAAUGGUUCAAUACCAAACUCAUUGUGCCAAAUUGGCACCUUGUAUCAACUUGAUCUCUCAAAGAAUGAAUUGUCUGGAGAAAUUCCAGAUUGUUGGGGGGACAAUCAACAAUGGGAUGAAAUAAACUUGUCAUCCAACAAAUUAUCAGGCGGUUUCCCAAGCACAUUUGGUAAGCUUUCCUCGUUGUUCUGGCUGCAUUUGAACAAUAACAGCCUUCAAGGGGAGCUUCCACUCUCUCUAGGACAUUUAAAAAAAUUGCUAAUUUUGGAUGUUGGUGAUAAUCAAUUUGUCGGAAGUAUACCACCAUGGACUAGGAAAACUUUUCCAUCAGUGAAAAUUCUUAGACUGCGACAAAAUAACUUGAAUGGCAGCAUUCCUUCACAGAUUUGCCAACUCACAUCACUCCAAAUCUUGGACCUUGCAAGUAACAACUUAACAGGUUCGAUACCUGAUUGCAUUGGCAAUCUUAGAGGAAUGACCAAAUCCUCCAUGUCCAAUGUAGCCAAGAUGAAAUUUGAUUUUAACAUUCUUAAAAUUAACUUCAUUGAUGAGUGGCUUACUAAGGAAGUUGAGCAAGUUUUGAAGGGGACAGUUCUUAGUUAUGUCAAAAACCUGAAGUUUGUGGUGAAUAUGGAUUUGUCUGAUAACAAACUGGUAGGAUAUGUUCCUGAAGGAAUAAUGACUCAACUCACAGGAUUGGUUGGCUUAAAUCUCUCACACAAUCAUUUGAAAGGAGAGAUUCCUCAAAGAAUAGGAAACCUUAAAUCACUUGAAUCCCUUGAUAUCUCUUUUAAUAACUUUUUUGGCCAAAUUCCUGGUACUUUCUGUACUAUGUCAUUUUUAAGCUACGUAAACUUGUCAUACAAUAAUCUCUCAGGAACUAUUCCAGUAGGGAACCAGUGUUUGACAUUUAUAGAGGGAUAUAAUAUUUAUGCUGGCAACCCUUAUCUUUGUGGAAUCCCACUUCUGAAUAAGUGUCCUGGCGAUGAUCAAGUUCCUGAAAGAGAAGGCUCCGAAGAGAAAAAUGAUUCUGACAAGGUGUGGUUUUACUUUGUAGUAGCACUUGGUUUUGCAGUUGGCUUUUGGGCUUCCAUUGGAACUUUAGUGCUAAAGAAAAGCUGGAGAUAUGCUUGCUUCCGAAGAGUGGAAUAUGUAGCGGAUGAAAUAUAUGUGACCUUUGUACUUAAAGUUGCAAAGCUGAAGAGAAUGUACAGAAAUUGGGCUGAUGAUUGACACUGUCAUAAUAUGUUUCCUUUUGUAAUUUUGUUUCUUUUAGUCAAUAAAUUAAAUGUUUUAGUAUGUGCGUUGUGGUUGUAAUAACGUGUCUUGUUACUUUAUAUAAUCUUUGU